AUGAUUUCACCUAAAGAAAAUAUAUAUAUUCUCUAUUUGGCCUUGCUUUUGUUUGGAGUGCUGGGGAACGUAUUUCUCCUUUUCCUACACAUCAUGAAGUUCAUCACUGGUCAUAGAAAAACAUCCAUUAGCCUGAUAAUCAUUAACUUGGCCUUAGCUCAUUCCCUGAUGAUAGCUUUCAGAGGAAUCCCCAUAAUCAUAAAUGUGUGGGGGUGGAAAUCUUUACUGGAUGACAUGAUUGGCAAAAUGUUAACUUACUUAAUAAGAGUGACCCGGGGCAUAUCCCUUUGCAGCACCAGCUUCCUGAGUGUCUUCCAGGCCAUCACCAUCAGUCCCAACAGUCCCAUGUGGACAGAGAUAAAAACUAGGGCCCCCAAAUAUGUUGUUCCCUGUUCUUUGCUCUGUUGGAUUUUCAAUAUCCUGACAGAUGUCGUCGUGGCUAUUAAUAUAAGUCAUCCGAGGAACAGCAGUACAGAAAGAUGGAGGAUUGGGCAUAGUUCUUUCAUCUCACAGUCCACAAAUACUAUAAAAAUUCUAAUUUGGAAUUCAGUCAUUGAUGCUCUGUUUAUGGGUCUUAUGAUCUGCUCAAGUGGCUAUAUGCUUUCAAUUCUCUAUAGACACAAAGAGCUACUCCAGCACAUUCACAGCACCAACCUCUCCCCCAGAGUCUCCCAUGAAACCAGAGCCACCAAAGCUAUCCUUAUGCUGGUGGGCAGCUUCGUCAGCUUUAACUCAGCCAGUUCCCCUUUUGUCAUUUAUAUUGCCUCUGAGAAAGCAAGUAGGCAUUGGGGGCCACGUUUCACAAUUAUUCUCUCCCUGUUCUAUCCAGUACUCAGCCCCUUUCUGCUGAUCAGCUUUGACACUCAGAUGCGCAAGUCUUUGCAUGUUUUCUCACAUAAGUCUGCUAGGAAGAAAAGAUUCUGCUAG